UGGGGAUGAAAUUUAGGGUUUUGGUAUGUGGACUAAUUGCUAGGACGUUGGUAUGGUCUUGCUUGCUUGUAAAAAUUUCAGCACAAAUAGAGCAACAAAAGUGCAUGGAGGAACUUGGAUUCUGCCUGAGCUACCUCAACGACAGUAGCCGGCCUUCAGACAGUUGUUGCCAGCCUCUCGAUUAUGUUAUUAACUCAAUACCAGAAUGUCUGUGCAGCUUCAUCAGUUUUCUAGGUCUGGACCGCGCACCCAUUAACGUCUCCAAACUUCUCACAUUACCUACAAGAUGCGGCCACGAGAUUACCCCCCUACGCUGCAUUACAGGUACACCCGACACAGAAUCAAGAAACAUGGCUCCGAAUUCUGCCAGCCCAGAAAUAUGGUCUUCGAGCCCGAUUAUAGUUAUUCUUGCUCUUCAUGUAAUUCUAAUUCUACGGGCAUUGUGGUUUUGAUCAUUAAACUUUUUUUUUUUUUAACAAUCUCGAUUUUGUAUUCUUCAUUUUACUUGUAAAUUCCACGUUGAGAAUUUGAAAUCCAUUAAUGAUUCGAUCACGUAAGGAAUUUA